AUGGCCUGCGGCUUGCGGGAGCUGUGCCAUGCGGCCUGGCCCGAGGAGGAUUACCCAACCGUGGACAUCUUCGGGAAGAUCAACCCUACGCCCAUCGCCCUUCUCUUCGGGCUGAUGCUGGUCAACGCGUAUCUCAAGGACACCGGCUUGUGGCAGCGAGUGGAGGAGCUCUUGGAUUCAGAGUCUCCGAGGAAGCUGUUGCUGAAGGUCUGCUUCAUGGCUGCCUCGACCUCUGCGGUGCUAACCAACGACACCACCUGCCUGGUUCUGACCCCGGUGGUUCUCAACCUCUGCCGCCGGCGAGGGGCAAAGACGAGCAUUCCUUUCCUCCUUGCUGUGGCAACCUCCUCCAACAUCGGUUCAAGUCUGACGAUCAUCGGAAACCCCCAAAACGCACUGAUUGCGUCGAUCUCCCCGGGCCUCACGUUUCUGAACUUUGCAGAGGCGAUGCUUCUGCCUGUGAUCCUCGGCCUGGCCAUGAACACCUGUGCGUUGUGCCUGUACUUCCGAAAGGACCUGCUCUUCACUGCCCCUGAGCCGGUGGAGGAGAUCGAUGUGGAGCUAGCAGCACCCCAAUCCAAGUGCCUCUGGCGCUUCUACAUGGUGGCCGUGGCGGUGAUUGUCACUGCCAUGGUCGUAGGCUGGGUUUUCAACAUGGCGACAGACGAUGUGGCCUUGGCGGCAGGAUCCACGCUGAUGCUGCUGCGUGCCCUGCGCCGCCGAGCUGCUGGUGACGAUCUG